AUGGAGGCAGUUGGAUGCAGAUCAGUGAUCAAGUUCUUUUACUUGAAAAGUCGUAUACCAAAAGAGACUUUCAAUGAAAUGAAAGAAGUUUAUGGUGAUGAUCUACCAUCAUACGAGGUAGUCAAGCGCUGGUAUCGCCAAUUCAAAUGUGGUCGGAUAUCAGUGAAAACUGCUCCUAAUCCAGGACGACCAUAUUCCACCAGUGAUGACGACACCAUCCAUAAAGUGGGAUCCACCUUUUUGAAGGAUCAUCGCAUAACUAUUCGGCAACUAGCCCAAGAAAUGAAGAUAAAUGUAGGGUCCGUGGAAAAAAUCAUUCACGACCAUUUGCACAUGCGGAAGUUGUCCGCACGAUGA